GUAGGUACCCGCGGAAGUUGUGCUGGAAGGUUGCGGACGGUGUGGGAUGCCGUUUUGUGGAGUGAAAACAGUGUGAAAAACGACAACAUUCUGGUGCGUUCUUUUUGAAGGACCACCAUUCUACUCCAGAAACAGAAGAAAACGUUUGAAGCAAAAUGCUCGGUUGUGGCAUGCUGGAGAGGGACAGACAGGCUCUGCGGAAACGUUCUGCUACCCUGUGCAAGCAGAUGGUGGUGGACGAGCUGCUCAUUCAGUGUCUGCAGGCGGACAACAUCCUCACUGAGAACAUGGCCGAGGGCAUCAUGGCCGAACCAACGUCUCAGAAGCGAUGCUGGCGUUUGCUGAUUCUCCUUCCCAAGCGAGGGCCACAGGCCUUCAAAAGCUUCCUCGCAGCUCUGAAAGACACCGAGCAGCAGCACCUAUGUGAGCUGCUCACCCAGGGUUUGCUUCCUGAGGAGGCAUCAGAGGGACAAACGGGACCGCAGUUCACGCAGACCUCAGAGCGGAGGAGAGAGAGGUAUGGUGACUCCUCUUUUCCACUUUCUACCCAGGAGGAAACUGCAGCCAAGCGAGCAAGGAUGCAUGAGUCCAUGGAGUUCAGUCUGGAGUCGGACAGCCCCAUCACCACCCCGGUGCUCCCUUGCACACACGACUUCUACCUCUCUCACUGCCAAACGUCAUAUAGAAUGGUUUCCUCUCCACGUGGUUUGGCCCUGGUGAUCAGCAAUGUGACAUUUGAACCUCGCACCACACCCGACCUCGACACCAGGAAAGGAGGCGAGGUGGACGACGAGGUCCUCAGGAAGGUGUUCACAGAGCUGGACUACAUGGUCACAGUCUGCAGAGACCUGACUGCUGAGGACAUGAAAACUUGCAUCGAGACAUUCCGUAGGCGUUCAGAGCACCGCACAAUGGACAGCUGCGUGGUGUGUCUGCUCUCUCACGGCGUAGAUGGAGCUGUGUAUGGCACAGAUGGUCAGCUCCUGCAGCUGGAGUGGGUGUUGGAGGCGUUUGACAAUGCACACUGCCCGCUGCUGCAGAAUAAACCCAAGAUGUUUUUUGUCCAAGCAUGCAGAGGAGAGGACCUGGACUGCGGAGUAGAGCAGGUAGAUGGGCCAGGAAGGAGUAACUCACCCAGCUGUGAACAGCGGGAUGCUGGGAGAGAAGGUCCAGGGAACGCUGGUUCCAGACAGGGAGGAGACUUGGGGCAGCCAAGGGUUAAACUACCCCAGCGGUCGGACAUGAUCUGCGGCUUUGCCUCUCUCAAAGGUCAGAGGGUUUGCACAGCGGCCAUGCGCAACACCAAGCGAGGAUCCUGGUACAUACAAGAGCUUAACGCCGCCCUGCGCCUCCGUGCCAGAGACACACACUUGGCAGACAUCCUGGUUCAGGUCAACGGGCGGAUAAAAGAGCGUGAGGGUUAUGCCCCCGGCACGCCCCACCACCGUUGCAAAGAGAUGUCCGAGUUCACCAGCUCGUUGUGCAAAGAUCUGUACUUUUUCCCCAAACAGCCCCACUUUUCAUAGUGUACAUGCACCAUUUCUGCCAGUGUGCGCACACAUUCCCUCAUUCCAAGUGUUACUGCCACACACACACGCGCACAUUCCAUCGUUACAAGCACACACACUGGCAUCCAAACAUGUAUUCAUUCACAGUUUCUAUGUAAAUACUGCCUCAGCAAACCUGCACUCAGAGACGUUGCAGGAGAGUAAGGAAGCUUAUGCUAAUCUAAUGCUAAAUGUUCAACAUCUUGGCGUACAAUUCCACUACUGACGCAGCAAAGGUGUUAAUCUCCUUGCAUUGGCGGAAUUUUAAAAUGUGGUUUGUACACAUGUAUUUUUUGUGGUUGUGUUUUUAUAUGAACUUGAUUUCUAAGUAGGUUUUAAUGCCCCUUUUAAUGUGUUUAAGUUGUCCUUGCAGUAUACGGACAGGCAGGGGGCAGUAUUGAGAAAUGAGGUUAGUGCACCCCCCCAAUAUGAACUUCUCUAGCAUUCCGGAAUGCUUUCUACUUUCCAGAUGAUGUACCCUUUAUAUUCAGUUAAAUCCCUCUGACAUGGGUUGACUUGCAGGAAAUAUGUUGUAAAUAUUUGUUUGUUUUUUAAUGUAAAUGUCACUCAUGACAGGGGAAUGUGUGGUGCUACUGUUGGGGCCUUAUACCUACAGUGUGAACUUUGACCUUUAUGCUUGUGCUGACACCUAAUCACGCUUCUCCCCAAGGGGAUGCUACGCAUUUAGCGACAAAUGACACCCACCCACUGUGUUUGUUUUUUUUGUGGUAUUUCACUGUAUGUGAUACAGUGAUGAAUUAACAAGUCUUCCUUAAAAAAUGUUUGUAAGUCUGUCGGUGCACUUAAUGGCCCAGUAUUGAUAAAUGACUGUGGUGGUUUUCUCAGUAUAUUGAACCAUUUAGCCCCCCCAAGUCCAACAUACAGACGGGUAUUUCUCAAUGCUGUGUGUGCAUUGAUGUUUCCCAGAAAAAGCCCCAAAGAGGCAACAUGUGUUUGGUUACAGUGUUGUAGUGGAAGAUAAUACAUGUUGGGAGCAGUAUUGAUCUGUAACCGGAGAGGCUUUUAAGCUGGCGCGGUGCAUGUGUGUGUUUACCCCUCUUGAGUAUUUGUUUUAAUAAUAAGAACAGACAAAAAGUGAGAGCUUGUGAAGGUGAUUUGCUGCCAAACUCUUGUGCAUAGAGGCGGGGUCAAAGGGGAUUUAUUUCUGUCAUCACUGAUGACUGCCACAUCUCCUUUGAAAUAAAGAAGCUAAUGUGUAUCAACAAGAAAAGUGUUUUCUUCUUGUCCUUCAGCUGUGUAUGUGCCCUUAAAGCUGCUCUCUGCACGAAUGUGUGCUCCUCCUCUCUAUUUGAGCCACCUCUUUGCUGUGUUUGUGUGUGUUGUUGCCCACGUUACAGCGUGUCCUCGCCGUGCUCAGGUGUAGUGUGACUGGCCACUCGCUAUUCCGCUGCGCUCAGGUCUCUCCGUGCUCCAGGACGUGUGUCAUUCCCACCGUGCAGUGAUAAUAUUCAUGGUGUAUCAGAUGGAGGCCUAGGCCAGCUGUCCGGAGUCAUUCCCUGUUGACACACACAUGCACAUGCGUAUGCACACAUCGUGGUGGUCGAAGUAAUACAUUUCUCACUGGCCUGCGGUGGAGCUGUGAGAUUAGGCUGUUAUGCACUGGCGUGUGGACCACAAAGCGGGAUGGGGUUAAGGGGGAUCUGCAUGUGUCUGUGUCUUUGUGGUUGUCAUGAUUGCGGCAUAAAUUGUCAGGCUGAGAGGAUGGACCACAGGCCCACACACACAACACAUAGUCAUGCUGAAGGAUGUUUUUGCAGCAGGCCGCAGAGCAUCUUCAGUAGAACCUCAGAGGUUGAACACGAUCUAUUCUGGGAUGCCACAUUUUGAAGCAAUUGUUCCCAUAGUAACUACCAUAAAUGUUCCAAUAAAUGCCUCUGUUGAACUAACCACUAAGUGUAGAGCAUGGUCUACAAAAGCAAAUAACUGCUGGCGUCUCUAAUUGUAACCAGGUCAAAAAAACAUUGGCAUUAACAGCUGUGGCUGUAGGCAAUCUCCUGAUGUAUUUUUUCAAAAUUAACUUCACAGAUGGCAGUAGCUGCAUUUGAAGUAUCAUGAGUGCUCAGCAUCCAGCAGUUGAACAGUAUCUACCUCUGCAUGCACUUUAAAACUUUGGUAUGUGUAGUAAGUAUGUGUAUUAAUGCCGGCUGAGCAGUUUGCUCCUUUCUGCUAUUACAACAUUGUUUGCAUUGCUGCUGUUUUGUGCAACAUACCUGUUAACAAAUGGCAAUGUGCUCAACACUUUCACUUUCUUAUGCACUCCAAAACAUUAAGCAAAAACCUCCCAAAACAAAACGUUACAUAUAGUGAGCAAUUAUCUUCUGUUUCCAGGUAACGGGCUGUCCUCUUUGCUGCUUAGGUAAAUAAACAUCCCUACUUCAAGUAAAGUAUUUACGGUGGAAAUAAUCUCUUUCAGGAUCAAACUGUCGAUAUGAAAUCGUAAUUUUUCCCCACAGGUGUCAUAAGUAUAAAAAGAAGUGUUGAAUCUUUCAACUAGAUGCGGUGGUGUGGAGCAUGCAGUGAGGGAUGACUCAGUUUGCUUGGGAGGUUAGUCUCGUUACAGCAAGACUAAAUGGUAGGGGUGUCACAAGAGCUUGUGAGAUUGAAAUGAUAAAAAGAGCGUAACAUAGUAGAAAUUAAAUUUGUAGAUUGCAAUAUAUAUGUUUUUCAUUGCACUUUUCUUAAAAGUAAUGUUAAACUCUUGCCUCGUCUCGUAGACCCAAUCGCGUGAAUCGUCUGGUCUCAUGGACAGAGUGUCUUGUGACACCCCUACUAAAUACAUUAUGCUCUUUUUCUGUUCUGUUGUAUUAUCGUGUAUUACUUUGUUGCAUCGCGAAUGUUCUGUUUCUGGUUCCGUGGUCGUCAUGUCAUCAUCACACAUUUUCAUCUGUCAUCUCUGGUGACUAGGGGUGUCACAAGAUCUUGCGAGAUAAAACGUGACAAGAUUUCUCGUUUAAAAAAAAAAAAACUGUCUCGUGGGCACCAGGCCCGGGACGACAAUAAAUAAAUUAAUCACACAAUAAAUGAAAAUGAACUUGAUCUUUUUCCCAGCCUCAAUAUAUUUCCAUUUCCAUGUCUGUUUUCCUCGUCUCCUGCCUCCAAACAAGGAGGAAGAGGGUUUGCUGUGUGCAUUGGUUUCAGCACCUUGACGCAUUUGUUCCAUAGAACAACGGCAUGAACAGAGUGAGCCCUUAUGUUGGUCAUACAGU